AUGAAGCUUACCUUGAGAAUAGUUCCCAUGCUUGUAAUUUGUCUAGUGAUCGCCACGUGUUUUUCGUCCCCGGCCGAUGCCUACGUGCCCGCACCUUCACCUCUGGCAGAUGAUCCACUCGAGACUGCUCCUGGUCAAUCGGGUGGAGAACCUCCAACGACUCAAGUACUGUUGGUGGGAGUUUUCGAUGUCAUGGAUUAUGGAGCAGUGGCCGAUGGAGAGACGGAUAGCAGCAUGGCAUUCUUGUCAGCCUGGGAGGAAGCAUGCGCACACCACAGCAAUUCGACCCUCUAUGUACCCAACAACACGUUUUUGGUUGGUCCACUUUCAUUCACCGGACCUUGCCGCAAUCUCUAUUCGCCGAGAGUGGAGGUCAGAGGGACUCUGAAGGCACCGACGUCCCCCAGUAAGUUCCCGACCAACGAUUGGAUCGUUUUCCGAGACUUGCACGGACUAGUCCUCACGGGCGAGACCGGGAGGGCUUUGUUCGAUGGCCAAGGAUCAGAAGCCUGGAAAGACCCAAGCUGCCAGAAUAAAAGCAGAUGCGACAAGCUGAUAACUUCGCUGAGAUUGAGCAACGUCUCGCACGCGACAAUCGACCACAUCAACCUGCUCAAUGGCAAGAGCUUCCACAUGAGCAUCCACAAGUCCAGUAACAUCCGAGUGCACAACGUCAGCAUUAUGGCACCUGGAGACAGCCCAAACACCGAUGGAAUCCACGUUAGUCACUCUGCAAACAUUUCCAUUACUUCUUCGACUAUUGGUGUUGGGGAUGACUGUGUCUCGAUCGGACCCGGCAGCACCAAUAUAUCGGUUUCCUACGUAGAUUGCGGUCCAGGACAUGGAAUCAGUGUCGGGAGCCUAGGCAAAUACAAGAAUGAGGAGAAAGUGGAUCUGAUCAGAGUGAGCAAUUGCACAAUCAACGGGACGCAGAACGGCGUCCGAGUGAAGACGUGGCCUGGGGCUCCGCCGAGUGAGGCUUCCAACAUGAUAUUCGAGAACAUCGUCAUGACGAACGUUACGAGCCCCAUCAUCAUAGAUCAAGAGUACUGUCCAUCACAGCAAUGCGAUAUCCAGAAGUCCUCACUAGUAAAACUCAGUAACAUGCUGUUCAAGAACAUAACCGGCACGUACAACAGCAAGGAGGCGGUGACCAUGCUGUGUAGCCCCAGCGUGCCGUGCGAGAAUGUAUUGCUCGUCGGCAUUCAUCUGAACUGGACAGAGCAGGAAGAUCCUCGGGCGGGCCAUGUGAGCUUGAAGGGUCUAAUCCAAGGUUUAGACAUUAUCAAUUCGAGUUUCUAA